GAGAUUAAGACAUGUGACAGCAUUCUUGGCAGUCUCGAUUUUCCGGAGAUGAAUGCAAGGCAGACCGCCAUCCCUCGAGCCCACGACAAGACGUUCGAAUGGAUGUAUGCACCAAAGUCACCGCUCGAAGACUGGCUGCGAAGCUCGAGAGCUCUCUUCUGGGUUAACGGGAAAGCAGGUUCGGGCAAGUCAACGCUGAUGCGCUUCGUGACGAGCAAAACCGAGACAAGGGACCUGCUGCAACAAUGGGCCGGGAAGGAGUCCCUUCACAUUGUGACAAUGUUUUUCUGGUUUCUGGGAACUCACCUUCAGAAGUCUGAAGAAGGACUUUUGCGAAGUGUCCUCUACCAAAUCCUCACGGCAUCGCGCGAUUUGAUUCCUGUUGCUGCUCCGCGUCGGUGGAAGGCAAUCACUAAUGCUCUUGAGACGUGGGGCAAAGAGGACUACAAGAACGCAGCAGGUUACGACUGGACGGCGGACGAGCUUCUGGACGCCAUGGAACGGAUAACCCAGUGUACUUCCAUGCACAAAUUCGGCUUCUUUAUCGAUGGCCUGGACGAGUACCAUGCUGACCAUCGACGACUCGUGAAGCUCAUUGAAAAGCUUGCCUUGAAUCCAGACUUCAAGUUCUGUGUGUCCAGUCGGCCAUGGAACCCAUUUGAAAAUGCUUUCGGAUCACAGCCCGACUCGUUCGUGUUGGAGGAACUCACGAAGCAGGAUAUACGGAACUACGUAUUCGAGGAGUUAUCAGAGCAUAUCGAAGAUCAGCCGGAGGUGAAGACGCUGCUGGACGAGAUUGCCGAGAAAGCACAGGGUGUCUUCUUGUGGGUCUAUCUUACAGUCAAGUCUCUACUUGAAGGACUGGACGAAGGCGACAGCAUUCGCAUCCUACGUCAACGAGUCGAGCAGCUACCGUCCGAUUUGGGCGCUUAUUUCGAUCUGAUACUGUCCAGAGUGCAUCACGUGUAUAAGAGUAUGAACGGGACUGCGCUUCAACUAUCCUUUGAAGCUGCUCAG